AUGCUUGGAACCAACCCUCUCUCCCGCUUCGCCAACUCAGCUUGCUCAAAAGGUCACAUUUUACCUUCCCUUCAAGGAAUGGCUGAUCAUAACACCAGGUCACGCGAAAUCGCCGCAGGGCAUCAUGAGCAACGUUGGGCAGGUAACGGCCGAGGACGGUCAGAGGGAAAGACUGAUGGAAGGGAAGAAGGUGGUGGACAUAGCCAGGCCGCAGCAGAGAUCUCUCAUUUCCUCGGCAAAGCCUUGGGCCAGAUCGAUAUCAUGGUAGAAUGUUUCCGUCACCUCCUGUCACGAAGGACAGGAACGCCUGAGAGGAUGUUCCUCAAAUCCCCGCUGAAGAACGGUCUGAAUAGCUGGAGAGGUAUCAAGGGCGGCUCUUUGCGCGCUCUGAUGGGGUCCGAAGCGCGCAAAAGAUAUUGGUCUUUGUCCAUCGAGGUUGAUGAUUUGUUGAUAUUUUGGAAACUGGCCAGAGCUUUUGUUUUCUUCUUGUCGUCUUGGGCCACCCCCUUGGAGGCACUAACUUACGCCUAUGCCUUCCAAAUCUCUAAGUCGGUCUGGGCCUCCAAGUUCGUGUCUGACGUUGUCAAAGUCUUCGGCGUCUUGUUUUCCGAGACCAUGGUUGCAGAAGAACAACAAGUCCUUCCGAGUCGACAAGAAAUCUGCCCAGGAGUUCACUCCGAUAACGCUCGGCACCAUUUCGUAGCCGUUCCGGUCUUCGGGCACACACGUGUCCUCGAUUUCACCUGGUCUGCCAAGGGGCUUCAGCGACAAUUGAACUCGACGUUCACCUCUUACGCCACCCAAAGGACAAUCAAAAUUUAA